AUGGCAGCACAAAUUGUAAAUUUACCAAGUUUACUUAUUGGGCGAGUAUUAACAAAAAGUAAUACAACAACAGCUAUUAUAAGAGUUUUACAAAUGAAACUUGAUGAUAAAUUUGAUAUGUUUUUUAAUCAACGUAUCGAUUAUAAAGCAUUUGAUAAACGUGAACAAACAAAAGUUGGUGAUAUAGUUUUAUUAAAAAAACGACCAACACUUGAAUGUCGUUAUCCAUUAGAACGUUAUGAAAUAAGUGAAAUUAUUUAUGAACUUGGUCGUAUUAAAGAUCCAUUAACUGGACGACGAUGUAAUGGUUUAAGAUUUCUCGAUGAAUCUUUUGUUGCCAAUGAACGUGAAAAUCAAUUAAAACGUCUAUCUCCACCACCAAUAAAUGCCACGCCUAGCGAAUAA